AGAUGGACCGAUUGGGGAUUUUCGUUUUAAUGGUAUUAACUAUUGUACUAGUACAAAUGUGUGACAGUCAAAGGGAUUUCGCAGGUGGCAGGCGCGAGGGUGCAGGCGCUCGGGCUGUGUGGGAACAGGGACUCGCGCGAGCCAGAAAUCAGGGUCACAGCACUGGAGAAACUAAAGACGAUCUCUCCACUAGACAACCAAGUGAAAGUUCUUAUAGGACACAUAACAAUGACUUACGUUCAGGACGGGGGACUCCAUCGGACCGUCUUAAGCGCGCAGUGUCACUGCAAGAAAAUACACGCGCGACCGCGGUUCAAAGUGGCAGCCCGGUUACACCACACGGAUCGGAUGCAUCGCACAAGGAGGGAGACGCUACCAUACCUCUGGACAGCACGCAUAUAACCGUGAAACAUAGACCAGCAAACAACUCGCCUCAGCAAAGACACAGGAUAAAUACCAGGCAGAGCCAUGCUGGAAACGGAAACAAACCCAGUCCGAAGCGUCUUGUUGGGCCCAACGUGUGCGGGGGGCAGCAGUGCUGUUCAGGAUGGGCCGUUGCUCCAGGGACAAAUCGAUGCAUAAAACCGGACUGCCAGCCCCCCUGCCAGAACCGGGGCUCCUGCAGCCGGCCCCACACCUGCGUGUGCCGCUCGGGGUUCCAGGGGAGUCGCUGCGAGGAGGUGGCCCCGGAGCAGGUCUACAUCCGCACGGGGGCCUCCCGGGCCCUGAUGCCCGUGCGGCCGGGCAGCACCGCCCACCGGCAGCAGCAGCGCAGGCGGCCGAGCGAGCGGCAGGCCGCGGCCCAGACUCCCAAACCGCAGGCCCCGGUCACGAGACAGCCCCUCUCCACCGCGACCCAGGUGAGACGGGGGCCAGCUGACACCUCCCCCCAGCACGCAGGGACAUCCCGGACCGUCAAGCGGUACCCAUCGUCCAACUGGCCCAUAACCUCCAACGCGCUGCCCAAUGGGAAUGGGAACGGGCAUUCACGUGGCAACCAGAGGCCUGCUGUCAAUGGUCAGGGGGCUGAGAAUCUCAACAAUGCUGUCGCCCCAAUAGGGGCCAACCUCACCUCCAGCCUGGACCGAAUCAAGAUCGUCUUCACCCCCAUGGUGUGCCGGCGGACGUGCAGCGGCGGCCGCUGCUUCAACAGCUGCGAGAAGGGGGACACCACCACCAUCUACAGCGAGAACCAGAGCCAGACGCCUAAGUCUCAGGGCUUCCGCCUCUUCUUCUGUCAGCUUCCCUGCAUGAACGGGGGGCGCUGCAUCGGAAGAGACCAGUGCUGGUGCCCAUCGAACUCCACAGGGAAGUUCUGUCAUCUCCCUGCCCCCUCUCCGCAGAAGCCCACCGCCGGCCGGAAGGAGGUCGCGCCAGCCGGACGCAACUCAUCGUCGCACUCCAUGUACACCCUGCCCCUCUCCAACCAGCAAGCCUCUAUGCUCCCGUCGCUGGUGAACGUGCACAUCCAGCACCCUCCCGAGGCAGAGGUGCAGGUCCACCAGGUGGCCAGAGUCAAACCAGACCAGAUGCCUCCUGCUGGGCGAGACAGCAGCGCGGAAGGGGUGCACUCUGUGCAGCAGAGGUCGCAGCCUAGCAACGGGAACGCCGUGGGGAACGGCAACGCUGUGGGGAACGGUAACGGGCACGGGAACGGGCAUGGGAACAGGAACGCCCACGGCCACACCCACACUAGGCUCCACAACCACCUGAAUGGAUACGUAGGAAGGUGCUUCCAGGAGACCAUUGACGGACAGUGUGGUAAGCCGCUUCCUGGCCUGACCAAACAGGACGACUGCUGUGGCAGCGUGGGAGCCUCCUGGGGGCUGAACAAGUGCACAGAGUGUCCCCCCAAACCAGCCUAUGCGGUGAUUGCGAAUGGCCAAGUGGAGUGCCCCAAAGGUUACAAGAGGAUGAACUUGACUCAUUGUCAAGAUAUAAAUGAGUGCCUGAUGCCUGGGAUCUGUAAGAACGCAGAGUGUCUGAACACCAGAGGCAGCUACAGAUGCACCUGCAAGGCUGGAUACAUGCUGGACGCAGCCAGGAGCCACUGUGUCUCGGACAAAGCCAUUUCAGACACCAAAGGCACAUGCUACCGUUCGUCGUCUGCAGGGACCUGCUCCCUGCCCCUGUCUCAGCACAUCACCAAGCAGAUCUGCUGCUGCAGCCGCGUGGGCAAGGCCUGGGGCACGGCCUGCGAACGCUGCCCUCUCCCCGGAACAGACCAUUUCAAGGAGAUCUGCCCCGCGGGCCACGGCUACACCUACUCCAGGUCAGACAUACAGAUUACGCUGCGGCAGGUGGAGGAGGAGGAGCUGAGGAGGACCACCACAGCCCAGCGUCCUCUGCCCCCGCCUCCUCCCCACGAACCCCAGCAGCCCCAAACCCCCCGCUAUCCCCAGCACCCGUCCCCUGACACGCAGCCUCCUGUUAAGACACCGAGUGGGCGGCCUGAAGAUGUUGAAACAUCGAGACCAUCUGCUGUUUCAACAGAAUCACCUUCAAGGUAUCCAGUAGAUGUGGUUGAGAAGACCACCCCCGACUCACCCAUCAACCUGAAACCAGAGUCUGAAGGCCAGGACACUGCUCCCAUAAAUGCUGCCACCCAGGUCACAGAUAUUGACAGGUGCUCCAUCACCCCGGCCAUCUGUGGCCCUGGGGUGUGUGUGCCAGUGCAGACGGGCUACACCUGCUACUGCAACCCGGGCUACCAGCUCAACGCACUGCAGACCAACUGCGUAGAUAUUAACGAGUGUGAGAGCGACCCGUGCGAAGGCAAAGGGCACUGCAUCAACAGCUUCGGCUCCUACACCUGCCACUGCUACACUGGGUACAGCCAGGUCAUCACCCAGAACAGGAAAUUCUGCCAAGAUGUGAAUGAGUGUGACAUGCCCAACAAGUGCCCUGGCAGCCGCUGCAUCAACACAGAGGGCUCGUACACCUGCGAGUGCGAGAGCGGCUACGCCAUGACCAGGAGGGGGCAGUGUGAGGACGUAGACGAGUGCCGAAACCCCAGUGCCUGUCCCGACGGAAGAUGCGUGAACACCCCCGGCUCCUUCCAGUGUCUGGGCUGUUCCCCUGGGUUCAGGGCGGUCAGCGGGAGCUGUCUGGAUGUCAAUGAGUGUCUGACCCCAGGGUUGUGUACCAAUGGCCGGUGUGUCAACACGGAGGGAUCCUACAAGUGCUUCUGCAAUACUGGAUACCAAACCAGCCAAGAUGAGGGGAGAUGCCUAGAUGAGGAUGAGUGUUUGAACCCAAGCAUCUGCUUCCAUGGCUCAUGUGUCAACCUGGAGGGCUCCUACACUUGUAGCUGUAACCGGGGCUACCAAGCCAGCCAGGACAGCAAAGCCUGUGAAGAUGUGGACGAGUGUGCUCAGGCGAGCGCCUGUCCGGACGGCACGUGCACCAACACAGAGGGCUCCUACUUCUGCACCCAGUGCAGGAGUGGCUACAGGCUGUCCCAGGACAGGAAGACGUGCGAGGAUGUGGAUGAGUGUGCCUCUCCUUCUAUCUGCGGCAAUGGGGUUUGCCUGAACACUGAGGGCUCCUACUCCUGCAUUGCCUGCCCUACCGGCUACAUGGUGUCUGAGGACGGAGAGCUCUGCGAUGACAUUGAUGAAUGCGCGUCGCCAUCAACAUGCCCCGCGGGAACCUGCACCAACACGCCAGGUUCCUUCACUUGCAUCACCUGCGGUCCUGGAUAUAGAGUUUCUGAGAGCGGCCAGCAGUGCGAAGAUGAGGAUGAGUGCGCCCAGCCGGGCGUAUGCCCCAGUGGGAUAUGCCGAAACACAGCCGGGUCCUUCUCCUGCGUGGUCUGUGGGACGGGGUACCAGGUGUCUGUGGAUGGCACCGGAUGUGAAGAUAUCGACGAGUGCCUGUCCCCAGGGCUGUGUCCCGAUGGUGUGUGCGCCAACACUGAAGGCUCCUACGCCUGUGUGACCUGUGAUGCCGGCUACGCCUAUGCUGUCAACACACACACCUGUGAAGACGUUAACGAGUGCGAGGACGUCACCCACUGCGUCGGCGGGGAGUGCACCAACACCCCCGGAUCCUACAGCUGCGUCUGCCCCCCGGGAUUCCAGCUGACGGACGGGACGUCGUGCCGAGAUGUGAACGAGUGCCUCUCGGCGGGGAUCUGUGGGGACGGGGACUGCCUGAACACAGAGGGCUCCUUCUUCUGCGUCUGCUCGCCAGGGUACGCUGCGGGCAGCGAUGGGACCGGCUGCCGAGAUGUGGAUGAGUGCAGUGAAGGGAACCUUUGCUCUGGCGGUCAGUGUGUGAACACAGAUGGCUCCUUCCAGUGUCUCUGUCAGGCGGGCUUCAAGUUCGACGCAGAGACAGCCGAAUGCAAGGACAGGGACGAGUGCAAGGAGUACGGCAGUAGCGUGUGUGGCACCUGGCGCUGUGAGAACACCCUGGGGUCCUACCGCUGCUUCAUGGGCUGCCAGCCCGGCUUCUACGGCCAGGAGAACGGAGACUGCGAUAUUGACGAGUGUGUGAACGAAACGAUCUGUGGGGACCACGGCUUCUGUGAAAACACGGACGGCUCGUACCGCUGCCAGUGCGACCGGGGCUACACUAACCCCCCGGGGACUCCAGGGUGUGUGGACAUCAACGAGUGCGAGAUGAGCACAGCGCUGUGUGGGCCGGCCCUCUGUGAGAACGUGGAGGGAAGCUUCCUGUGCAUCUGCAACGACAACGAGGAAUUUGACCCGCUCACCAGCCGGUGCCUGCCCCGCACGGGCUUCGUGGAUGCAGUAGAUGCUCCAGAGUCUCCCUCGGCGCCCUCUGAUGGAGAGGAGAGGAAAGAGUGUUACUACAACCUCAAUGAUGCCAACUUCUGUGACAACGUGCUGUCCCGCAACACCACCAAGCAGGAGUGCUGCUGCACUGUGGGGGCCGGCUGGGGGGACAACUGCGAAAUCCACCCCUGUCCCAUCAUCGGCAGAGAGGAAUAUAACGAGCUGUGUCCCCAUGGAAGUGGCCUCCUGCCCCUGGAUGGUCCCUCCGACAGCUUCAGCCAACCCCUUUUCAAAGAUGCGGAUGAGUGUGAGAUGUUUGGGUCGGAGAUCUGUAAGAACGGCCGCUGCUCCAACUCGUACUCUACCUACUCCUGCUUCUGCCGGAUGGGCUACUACUACGACAACAUCCGGCUGGAGUGCGUGGACCACAACGAGUGCCUAGCAGAGGACACAUGUGUGGACGGAGUCUGCGUCAACACCCCCGGCUCCUUCAACUGCUUCUGCAAAUCCCCGCAGGUCCUGGACCACACGCUCAGACGCUGCGUCUCCGUCAACAUUACCGAGGAGAGCGAGGACCCAGAUGAAGACGUCUACAUGGACAUCUGCUGGCAGGACCUGACAGACGAUAUCAUGUGCUCCCGCCCCCUGAUCACCAGGAGGACCACCUACACAGAGUGCUGCUGCAUGUUCGGAGUGGCCUGGGGCAUCCAGUGUGCCUUCUGUCCCAUGAGGACCUCUGAGGACUUUGCUCUGCUUUGCAACCUGCGCCAGAGGCCGUCGGAGGACUCAGACAGCCUGCGGGAAAGGCCAGGCUAUGAGUACGGGCCUGAUGGGCCAGACGGCCCCGAUAGUCCCAUGUACUGGGGUGGGUAUGGACCCAUAGGCGGGGGUAACUACUACAAUACCCUGGGCUCUGAGUAUGGUCCCCAGGACCCACAGGGAGGCGCUGUCCUCUCUGGACCCGACCCCAAUGAUGACUACAGCUCUAGAGAGGCCGUGCGGGUCCCUGUCCACCGGCCCAGAGAGUUCCGUCCCCGUCCGGUGGAUUCGUACACUGAACGCUCAGAACGCUACCAGGGAUUUGAGGGCCUGCAGGCUGAGGAAUGUGGGAUCCUGAAUGGCUGUGAGAACGGUCGCUGUGUGCGUGUGCGUGAGGGUUACACCUGCGACUGCUUCGACGGCUAUGAGCUUGACCUCGCCAAGAUGGCCUGCAUCGAUAUAAAUGAGUGCACGGACAUCGGUGACAAGGUGCCGCUGUGCAAGAACGGAGUGUGCAGCAACACCGAGGGCUCGUACCGCUGCACCUGCCUGCCCGGCUUCGUGGCCUCCUCCACUCCCCACCAGUGCAUCCCCGAGGUCCAGGAGUCUGCCCCGAGCGAGGGGGCAAUGUGAGGCGGGGCG